GGACACUGUGGCUCCUGCUGGGCCUUCAGUGCCACGGGGGCUCUGGAGGGGCUGCUCUUCAAAAAGACCGGCAAGCUGGUCCCCCUGAGCGAGCAGAACCUCAUGGACUGCUCCUGGAAGCUGGGCAACAAGGGCUGUCACGGGGGCUACGUCAGCCACGCCUUUGAGUACGUUCGGGACAACAGAGGCAUCAAUUCGGAGCAGGAUUAUCCUUACCGGGAGAAGGACGAGUUCAAAUGUCACUACAACCCAAAAACCCGGGUGGGCAACUGCACGUCCUUAGUGCGGAUUCAGUCACAGAACGAGGCGGCCCUGGAGCAAGCUGUGGCCACGAUGGGGCCAGUAUCCUUGGGUGUGGACGCUAAGAGUUUCCAGUUCCAUUUCUAUAAGUCGGGUAUCUUUGCAAGCAGCUGGUGCACCCACAAUGUCAGCCACGCCAUGCUGGCCGUGGGCUACGGCACUGAGCAGGAGGGUAAGAAGACCACCGAUUACUGGAUCCUAAAGAACAGCUGGUCCGAGAAGUGGGGCGAGCACGGCUACAUGCGAUUGGUGAAAGGAAUGAAUAACCAUUGUGGGGUAGCCAAUCAAGCUUGUUACCCAACUAUGUAACUGAUCCAGCGUCGUUUCACGCCAAAUCUUCUCCGCCUCGGAGUUUCGACCUUUCCAACUGAGCUGUCCCUUGCUGGCAUCGUUGCCCCAGAUUGGGUUAAAAGUU